CACAAGAGCGGCAAAAGCGACGGGCAGAGCGUCACAGCAUUUGGACGAGGAAAGAACCGCACCCGCGAGCUCAGCGCAACUUGCAUGGCUGCACCCGGCUCGUCGGCCCUCGGCAGGAAGAACCACAACUCGGGGAUCAUGGAUUCUUUUAGCAAGAUCUUUGGAGGGGACAAAAAGAAACGGAGCAAGGGGUCAUUCCGUGGUCACCUGGCCGCAUCCCCCCAGCAGUCCUCGGCCCGCCGCAGGACCAAUGAAAAUGCUGUGGUCCAGUUCUUCCGCAGCAUUGUAUCCUCGCCUCGUCCUAAAUCAAAGUGGCGAGAGCUCUUUGGCUUGGUGUCGUCUCCACGUGCGGAGAGCACAAAGUCGCCGGUCAGACGACGCAGGGAGCAAAGCACGCUGUCCCGACUCUUCAACCUGGGAGAAACCAAGUCCCGUCCACCCCCCAAACGCUGGAGCACCAUCUUCUGAGCUCUCCUGCGAGGCCCAAAAGCACAGAGUUGAAGCAGAUGGCGCAGCAUGACGGCGCAACAACACACCGACACACAGAUGACUCACAACCAAACAAACGUUGUGCGUUAACACACUAACGCUCGAUAUUUGCAUCCACGCUCCAGGGAUGGAGACGGUCUCGUCCCGGUCCUUAUGUAGCUGUUCAAGUCUUUCAGAGUUCUGUUUGAAAAAAAAAAAAUUGUUCGUGAGAUGUUUUUCUAUCUGUCUGCAGUCUUGUUUUUCUGUAUACGCGUGACCCUUUUUGUUUCUCUCACAGCUUUCUGUAAAAAAAAAAAAAAAAAAGAAGUGUGCUUCAUGUUCAAAUGUAAGAAUUGAGAAUGUAACUCCUGCACCUCGGUUAUUAAUCAUGUACAGUACCAUCAGCAAUAAAUCUAUCUGGUGAACGGGCCCUUUUCGAUUGCACUGUCACACGCUAAUCACAGCCCCACAAAGGACUUGCUGGCGUGCAUAUUAUUAUUAAUUUAUAAUAUCGAAAGACGUUUUGUGCGGUUUGCGGGGAAAAAAAAAGAUUUGUUGUUCUGACGGUCCUUUUGCAAGUGGUUCAGAGGUUUUAAUAGGAAGUAAGCGACGCGUUUAUGAGCGCAGUGAUCAGCAAGGAGGCGCAAUUGGGUGAAAUGUUGUCUUUUUUUUGUGAAUAGUUAUAAUUUCCAAAUAUUCUAUGUGCUUAUGUUAAUGAGUCCUUGCCACAGUGAGGGGGCGUGUCCUGGCUUUACAGUUGCAAAAUAACACUUUUUGAGUUUGUAAUCAUAUUUGAAUGUUUGCAUGUGCAACCUAACCGGAAAUCCUGUGAUGACAUGUAUUAAUUAAAUUAUAUUAUUAUAUUAAAUGUUCUGAAGUGUUAAAUUGAAACUUCAAGCUUACAAUCAAACUAAACAAAAUAAAGACAAAUACAUGUGUAAUUAAAACAACCACAUGGAUUUGCUUUUGAGUCUGGGAGCUUAAUGUUCACAUGUAAUUGGAAAUGUCAUAGACGGGCUAACGAAUAGUAUCAGUGUUGCAGUGUUACUACGGAUAUUUAAAUACAAGUUGUGGUGAAACAAAUGUAGACAGAAUACUCGCAGGUAUAUAUUCUACAUGAAGAACAACUAUUCCUGUGGCUUGCUCAGAUGUUGAGAUCAGCUCCGUCAACAACAUAUUUCUGUGUUAUACUGCCCCCAGGUGGCCAAGGCGCAUACACCACAAGGAGCAGCGUAAUGUCCACUGCAUUUACACAAAUAUGGCAAAAGUUCUUUCAAUACUUUUGAUUUUUAAUUGUCAUGACUGUACUGUGUGGAUGUUUAUCUUCUGUCUAGACAAAAUACUGUUAGUGACAAAUGCUUGUAAUUUUCAUACAUUCACUUUGCUUUUUAAUAACAAAUAUUGCUCACCAAAUAAAAAUGGAAUAAUUCAAAAUGUCUCCAAUACUGUUGGGAUUAUCUUGAUAUACAUUAUGAUGUAAACAUACGUCUUUGCAGAUAACAUAUGGAGGUCACGUUUCCUGGAUCCGACCGCAGUACGCAACUGAUUUAUUCGAAGUGACUGUCACUACCAAGGUACCCCGUCCUCAUUCUACAGCACUUUUUUAAUAGUGUAUUUUUUUUUUUUUAAUCUUUGCAACAUCAAAUUAUUUGCAAUUGCUUUUGUGUUGGACCUCGACUGUGGAGGUGUACCUCAUGAAAUGUCCAAUGCAUGAAUGCUUCAGUCA